AUGAAGAUGCGAUUUAAAAGCUGUUUUUUCUUCCUAGUUAUGAUGUAUUCCGGCAAACUCUUUGCAGAAGAUAAACCUUGUGAUUUGCCACACAUAGAAAAUGGAAAGAUUGCCCAGUACUAUUAUAAUUUCAAAAGUUACUAUUUCCCUAUGCAUAAGGCAAAAAAACUUUCCUAUUCUUGUAUGGUUGGUUAUACAACUGAAACUGGGAAUCAAGAUGGAAGAAUGACUUGUACAGCAAAAGGAUGGUCUCCAGUGCCACAAUGCUACAAAAAAUGUAACAAACCUCUUCUGGAAAAUGGCUGCUUUUAUGGUACAGAAAUGUACUUCAAAAUACACGAGAAACUGCAAUACAAAUGUAAUCCAGGCUACCACACUCCAAGCGGUGGUACUGAAGAUACAGUACAAUGUUGGCCAGAAGGAUGGUCCUCCCAGCCAAGCUGUACUAAAAAAUUUGAGUUGUGUCAAGUACCCAAUUUACAUCAUGGCAGCUACUUCACAGCACAACAAGAGCUUCAGUUGAAUGAAACACUGCUAUACAAAUGUGAUGAGGGAUAUCGUACCGCAGGAGGAAACACUACAGAAGAAGCAAUGUGUCUAACACAUGGGUGGUCCCUUACUCCAAACUGCACUAAAAUAACUUGCUCCUCUUUGAGUGCAAUAGCACAUGGAGGUUUCUAUCCUGUGAAGAAAAUCUAUGAAGAGGGAGAUGUAGUUCACUUUUUCUGUGAGGAAAAUUACUCCAUCAGUGAAUUUGACCUAAUUCAAUGUUAUUAUUUUGGAUGGCAUCCAGACCCUCCAGUGUGUGAAGAUGUAAAAAAUAAAUGUCCUCCACCACCACUUCCUCCUCAUACCCAUAUCAUCACAGUUAGAAGAACAUAUCAUAAUGGAGACAAAGUUCAUAUACAGUGUCAAAAUACCUUUGAAAUAAGAGGAUCUGAGGAAAUCCAAUGUGAAAAAGGAAAAUGGACAUCACCCCCUAUUUGUAUUGGAACUAUGAAUAAAUGGGAAUCUGAGACACUACCGUCGCUCGAGACAGAUGCAGCAGUAAGGGCAAGCAAAACAUAUCGCAAUGAAGGUAUGAAAAUGCAACAAAACUGUACCUCUCCACCUGUGAUUGAAAAUGGUGUUGUUCUUGGUCCAUUAUUGACAAGUUACAAAAAUGGUUCCUCAGUAGAAUAUGGUUGUCAGCGUUACCAUUUUUUGGAUGGACCUAGUACUGUUUACUGCGAACAAGGAAACUGGACAGAACAACCAACUUGCUUAGAACCAUGCAUUCUUAAUGUAACUAAUAUGAACAGCAACAACAUAGAAUUGAAAUGGAGACAGGAAGAAUUAAUUUUUCUACAUGGUGAUCUCAUAGAAUUUGAAUGUAAACAGGGAUACAAUUUUCUCCAGACUACCAUUUUAUCUCCUGGGAGGACACAGUGUAACCACGGCAGACUGAAAUAUCCGAAAUGCAUUAUGCAAGCCUCUACAGAAAAAUGUGACUCUCCACCUUCUAUUGCAAAUGGAGCUCUUACCCUCCCACCCCUGACUCAGUAUGACAGUGGUUCUUCAGUUCAGUAUAGUUGCUCUGACUAUCACUUUUUGCAAGGAUCUGAGAGAAUCUACUGUUCUGAAGGACAGUGGACUUCACCACCAGUUUGUAUAGAGCCAUGUAUUUUGUCAAAAAAUGAAAUGGAGAAAAAUAAUGUGCUGCUGCAAGUGUUCUAUGAGAAUCAAGUUUACUUUUACCAUGGGGAUUAUGUUGGAUUUUACUGUAAACAGAACCAUUCUGGAGCAGAAUCUGGUACAACUUUAUUUCAAGUGCAGUGUAAGAGAGGACAGCUGAUGUAUCCAAGAUGUGUUGAAAGAGGAAAAUAA